GCGAAAACGAGACGUACCCCAUGAUCCUGGUGCCUCGCGUUUGGGCAAACCCGCGACGGUUCAACUUCGAUAAGAUCGGCAACGCCAUGUUGGCGCUGUUCGAGGUGCUCUCCUUCAAGGGAUGGCUGGACAUCCGGGACGUGCUGAUCAAGCGGCUUGGUCCGGUGCAGUCGAUCUACAUCCACAUAUUCGUGUUCAUCGGCUGCAUGAUCGGCCUGACGCUGUUCGUUGGCGUGGUGAUCGCCAACUACUCGGAGAACAAGGGCACGGCGCUGCUGACCGUCGACCAGCGGCGCUGGUGUGACUUGAAGAAGCGUCUGAAGAUCGCGCAGCCGCUGCACCUGCCGCCGCGGCCCGACGGCCGCCGCUGGCGCGCCGUCGUCUACGACUUCACGCAGAACAUUAUCUUCAAGCGUUUCGUAGCCAUGCUGGUCAUCACCAACAGCAGCCUCAUCUGUGUGCAGUGGGACUACGCGGCCGUAUACACACCGUAUCUGGCCGUGGUCUCCUCCGUCCUCAACCUCUUCUUCAUGCUCGAAGUUGUGAUGAAGAUGAUCGCCUUCUCGCCGCGGGGCUACUGGCAGUCGCGUCGCAACCGCUACGACCUCUUCGUCACCGUGCUCGGUCUCAUCUGGGUCAUCCUCAACUUCACGUUCCCCAUGACCAAGAUGCAAAAGAACUACACCAACUCGCUGGGAUUCAUCUGCAUCAUCCUGCGUUUCUUCACCAUCACGGGCAAGCACGCCACCCUUAAGAUGCUGAUGCUCACCGUGGUGGUAUCCGUCUACAAAAGUUUCUUCAUCAUCAUGGGCAUGUUUCUUCUGCUGCUCAGCUAUGCCUUCGCUGGCACGAUUCUGUUCGGCACCGUCAAAUAUGGAGAGGGAAUCGGCAGGCAGGCCAACUUCAAGACGGCGCCCAACUCGAUCGUAAUGCUGUUCCGGAUCGUAACGGGCGAGGACUGGAACCAGAUCAUGCACGACUGCAUGGUGGAGCCGCCGUCGUGCACGCCGGCGGCGCGCGGCUCCUCCUACUGGCUCACCGACUGCGGCAACUUCACGGUGGCGCUCGUCUUCUUCUGCUCCUUCUACGUCAUCAUCACGUACAUCGUGCUCAACCUGCUGGUGGCCAUCAUCAUGGAGAACUUUUCCCUCUUCUACUCCAACGAGGAGGACGCGCUGCUCAGUUACGCCGACAUCAGGAACUUCCAGAACACGUGGAACGUCGUGGACAAGAACCAGCGCGGCGUUAUCCCCGUCCGCAAGGUCAAGUUCAUCCUGCGUCUGCUCAAGGGCCGGCUGGAGGUGGACCCGCAAAAGGAUCGACUCCUCUUCAAGCACAUGUGCUACGAACUGGAGCGGCUGCACAACGGCGAGGAGGUGACCUUCCACGACGUGCUGAACAUGCUCAGCUACCGCUCUGUGGACAUUCGCAAGAGUCUGCAGCUGGAGGAGCUGCUGGCCCGCGAGGAGCUGGAAUACAUCAUUGAGGAGGAGGUGGCCAAGCAGACCAUCCGGCAGUGGCUGGACGGCUGCCUGAAGCGGAUCAGGGCGCGCGAGCAGAGCAGUCUGAUCGCCGGCCUGCGCGCCACCAACGAGCAGGCGCUCAUGCGGCUCAACGAGGAGCGCCGGCUGGAGCGCGAGAAGGAGAAGGAGGAGGAGCCGGCCGACCCGCCGCCGCGCCAGCGCAAGAAGGGCGUCUGCAUGGGCCGCUCGGACUCGGUGGGCUCGGCAGCGCGCAAGUUUCUCACGCCGUCGCUGAGUGACGCCAGCGUCGUCAAGGACAAGGAGCGCACGGCCAGCAAGCGCCGCGCGCGCUCCGCCGUGGGUAACAAGUCUCUGCCGGACGUGAACGAGGCCGGCGAGGCGGCGGCGCUAGCGUCACCGGACACGCCGCGGCCGGUGGCCGGCAGCUGCCCGCCGGCCGCCGCCGCCUGGUCAGACGUCACCGGCUGGUGGGCCGACCACUGCGAGCUCACCGCCCAGGAGGACUCGUCCUCCGUCUGAGGAUGGGACCACUGCGAGCUCACCGCCCAGGACUCGUCCUCCGUCUGAGGAUGGGACCACUGCGAGCUUACCGCCCAGGAGGACUCAUCCUCCGUUUGAGGACGCGAUCACUGCGAGUUUACCGCCCAGGAGGACUCGCCCUCCGCCUGAGGACGCGACCACUGCCAGCUUACCGCCCUGUGGGACUCUGUCUCCAUCUGAGGACGCGCCAUUAUAAGCUUACUACCCAGGAAGGCUUGACCUUCGCCUGAGGACGCGACCGCUGCGAGCUCACCGCCCGGACCUCGGAGGACUCGUCCUCCGCCUGAGGACGCGACCACUGCGAGCUUAUCGCCCGGACUCGGCCUCCAUCUGGGGACGCGCCACUAUGAGCUUUCUACCCGGGAGGACUCGUCCUCCGCCUGAGGACGCGACCACCGCGAGCUUACGGCACAGUCGAGUUCAGUCACCGCCGUGUUAAUGAACUUUGUGAUUGCUGUCAUCUCCCCUGUCGGUUAAACCAAUGAAUGGCGCGAUGUCACACGUUGAGAUGUACCGUAACCUGAUUGUUCUAGUCAGCCCUUGGCGGCGGAGGCGGCGGUGACUGCAGCCUGGCCAGCUACCACCGCUGGCCAGCUGCCGCCGCAGCUAUAGCUGCCUGGUCAGCUGCCGCUCACCGGCUGGCGGCCAGGCGACCAGUCAACAUUCGCCCCAGACCGGCCUGAGCGGGUGGUAACUGCCGGUUUACACUGUGUGGUGUAGUGCACAGGGCGUUUACAGUCGACUACGGAUUGUUAAAUGUGUAGCGACUUUGAUGUGCCAGUAUAGUGAUGUGCUUUUGUUCGCUGUUCGAUGUAGCGUCAGAUCCGGUUGUGCUGAACGUUGUUAGCUAUGUCUAGCUUUAUUUAUAGAUUUAGAGCGAGAGAGGGAAAGCGGGUCUACCAAAUGUGUUCCUGUUUCCUGGCGGAGCAAAGAAUCCAGAUUCCGGACGGCACGAAUGCUGGACAGAGUGCCACCCCUGUGCUUUGUCUUCGCAGAAAUACUAUGGUUGAAACGUUGCCGCAAUAUGCGCGUCAUCAUUUGACGUUAGUCUCCCAGUAGGCUGGUCAAAACUGCGCAGAAUUGCAACCCAAGGAGGGGGACGCGAACAUAAAUACGAAAGGAAGCAAAGGGUGGUAUGAAAAUUUCAGGUAUUUAAUUGAAAUAGGAAGUUUCGCUGGUCGCAACGUCGUUGGUUCCGCCAACAAAACUGGUUGCGAUUAAAUGGGUAGACUGUUGCAGCAUUCUUCCCAGUAUUUGCGGUUCUUAAGAUGCGAAAGAUAAAACGUGCGCGAAAUGAAUGUGGAAGGUAGGAUGAGAACUACGCACGUAAUUGACUCAGCAAUAUCCCGUAGUCCCAGUGGCCCAUCUUUUCGGGAAAAUUUGGGCCUCGGCACGUGCUAUGUGGGGAUGAUUUGGAGGAAGUGGUUUUGUCGUUAUGGUGCGUUGUUUGUUUUAUGUUGGAUGUUUUAGUUAGGCAGCGGCACGGUAAUGCAAGGUACAUAAUUGUCAACAUCUCAGUUGUUCAUUUUGUUGGGGUUGAAGAAUUGCUUUCUGGAUCAUGAUUCUCUUCUCUCCACGAGAGGUUAUUUUUGGUAGGCCCAAUCUCUUUUAGAGAUGUUUUAUCUAGCACUGGACGCGCUUUGAACGCUGUGAAGCUGGUCACUGGCGUCGUGGUGUUCUCGCGAGAACCACGGUGUAGGAGGGCAGUUGGUGCUGUGCUUCGCGGGCGGGCUGGUGGCCUCGUUCUCAAUCUUCCCUGUUCUCAGUCGUUUUGUGGUGAACUGUAAUCGCGAUAGUAUCGCUAUUUUUCUGUGGCGAUCUUGUGUCUUUUCUGUGGUGCGUUCGACGCGUUCCGUUGUGCGAGCUCAGUUGGUCUUGUCUUGCAGUAUUAUUUACCUGCGAUUUUGAAAUUUUUUUUUCCCGAUAGUGACCAAAUUGCGCUGCAACGUUGGCUAGCUUAGAUCGGUCCUAGGAGCCUCCUGCGUUUUGCUUAGUGUUUGGCAGGAAGUGCUGUGUUUUACCCGAAAUAGAUGUAUCGCGCCGACGCCGGGCCGAUGAACCGUCCGCCAGUACCAUAAGAGCUGCGA